GUUUUCUUGAGAAAAACAAGAUGGCAGCGUCCAUGAUCAGCAAAUUAGCCAAGAACACAAUAUUGACCUCGAAAAGUUUAGCUCACUUAAAUUCAACAUUAAGAUGCAAUAACUUAAUAAAUACGUUCCUCUGUAGAAAUAAUUUCAACAAUCCAAGAGAAUUAAAGAAGUUUUACAAAAAUGCCAGUAUAGCUACUGCAGACGGGUGGUAUGAAAUAAAUCUUGACAAACGGAAAUUAAGAACACCGCAUGGAAAUGUUUUCAAAGUUCCCAGUGAACCAUUGGCUCUGGCUGUCGCAACAGAAUGGAAUUCUCAGGGCACACUUGUUAAUAGGCAGGCUAUGCACCUGACAGCAUUAUGCAACACUGCACUUGAUAAUCCUAUGCACAAAUCGCGUGAACAGCUAAUAGAUACCAUCAUACAUUUUUUGGAAACAGACACAAUCUGCUACAGAUUAACAGAACCACCCGAGCUAGAUAAGUUAGAAAAAGAAACUUGGGAUCCCAUCCUUGACUGGUGCUCCCAGAGGUAUGGCUUAGAAAUUUCUCCAACCUCCAGUAUGGCACCUCCAGUUGUCAGUAACGAGUCUAAAGACAUUGUCCGAAGGCAUUUACACUCAUACAGUGAUUGGGCGCUUUUUGGUUAUCAUUAUGCUGUCGACACAAUAAAAUCAUUGCUUCUUAUAAUGGCAUUGAUUGACAAACAUAUUAAUGUUGAGUCUGCUGUAGAUCUUGCUAGACUUGAGCAGCAGUUCCAGACCAAUCAUUGGGGCAGUGUUGAGUGGUACCACGAUAUUGAGGUCUAUGAGCUGAGGUCUAGAAUCGCUGCAGCAGUUUUGUUUGUGCAUUGGUGCAGUGAAAGUUCUUCUAUAAAACAAAAAGCUUCUUUGGCACCAGUAUGAUAACACCAUCAUUCUAUUUUUUUUUUCACUAAUUAAACAAAAUAACUCACA